AUGUCUCCGGACGACAACCGCAGCCUGCGCCACUUGGCUCCUCAGUCCUCGAACUCAAGAUGGCGCUUCACGCGAUCGACUGCUAACCUGCGAGAAGUCGCCUCGCAGUCAAUCUCCGGGCCGAGUUCAGGUUCGACCGAGGCGCCCAAGCCCGCGCGAGCGCCAUCGAAGCUGUCGCUGUUCAGCCUCUUCAGCCGGCCGAAGGUCGAGAAAGCUCGAGGUCACACAGAGGUCGGACUGGCCGUUCCCAUGCGCCCGCAGACACCUCCGAACCCUGCCUCCAAGUCGGCCCUCAGACAGAAUCCCUCGCCCGCUGCGCAACAAUCGAUACGGUCCCGAUCGAGUCUGAUGUUCCGCCCGGUGUCUAUGCGGCCCCCGCCGCCAGACGCUGACGCGGGUAACUGGGAGCCCCCGCCACUGUUUCAGGCCUUCCCACAGUCGGUCAAACACGCCACCCUCCAAGCAUGCGUGUUCCCUCCAGAGGUUUUGAUGCGGACACAAAGUCAGCGCCGUCAGGCCGAGAUGAUCAGGGAACGGAUAGAUACUGCUCGCGACUUAUCAGUCAUCGAGGAGAACAGCACCGAGACAAAGAAGCUGGAGAAGUCGCACAAGCGGUUAAUAUCGAAUUCGGUGCUCAACCCACCUGCGCCAGAGCUGAUCGACAAGAUCUAUAUCCUCGUCACAGCGGGGUAUGUAUUGCAAUAUGCGGGGGCUGGUCCAUUCGACCGCUUGCCCGAGAAGGUGCUGAAGCUUGGAAAAGACUCGGCAGCCUUCGCGUGUGAUCUGAUUCCUGGCAAGCACUGGGUGCUGCAGGUAUCCAGCCAUGCUCACGACGACGGUACAGUGGAGAUGGCGCCCAAGAGCUCUCUGCUCUCCCGGCUGCGAACACAAAACGCAAUUGGGAGAAAGGCUGCGCCGAGUUUCUUGCUGAUCUUGGAGAGCGCCGAGGAGAUGGAUGCGUGGAUGACUGCGGUGCGGAAGGAGAUUGAGAACAAUGGUGGUCAGAGGGUGAAGGACGAGUCCGUAAGAGCCUCGUCUUCGAUUGACGGCUCGUCUGGCAAGCAGUCGAUCGAGACAAGCCAGCGCUAUCUUGUGCAGCGAGACCCGCACGCCGUCACCAGGAUGAGCUCUGCCGUGGACUCUCCACAUCAAUCAUACCACGCGAUCCCGCUCAAAGUUUCCACGUCAGACCUGCAAGGAGACCGCACAGAACGGACGCCGAGUGUGGCGAGCUCCACUCGCAACCGAUCCUCCCGGCGCAGUAUCGCACGUCAGUCGGCUGAGAUGUCUUCGGUGGCUUCUACACCCGUAUCACAGGAUCAAGUGCAGCUUGACCAGCUGCGAGGACGGUCGCGGUUUUCAUACAUGUCCACCGCAACGACUGCGUCGGGUACCGGCACCAGGAACACCUCCAGGGAUCCCUCACCCACUCCGCAGUCACCUUUGAGGGACACUGCGAGUCCUGCGGGGGAACCUGAUUCUUUCCGGCCAUUCAGGUCCCUCCACUCAAACCCGAGCAGUGACACUGGCUAUCGGCGCAGGUCUGUGCAGCCGCUGCCAAUCACUACUGAAGACAGUUCGAUGACUGUCGAUGUGACACCAGCGCGACAAAGACAUUCAUUCUACAGUCCCACAUCACCCACAUUCGAUAUCCCAGCGAAGACAGAGACCGAGAGUUCACCGCCUGUGGCUGUCGAAGAAGUGAUUGUGCCGACGCCCCCUCCUCCCUUUGUAGCCGCCAAAGGUCUCACCGCGCACAUUGCUAGCCAGGUACGUUCUGCGGACGACGGCAAAACGUCCCCGGCCGGGAUCCAGCGCGAGGACAGCCCAGUGAGAUUCAAUAGCAGCUAUGGUGCUUUGUCCCGCGACAGCAUCAUUUCUCCGCCGCCUCGCGAGUCAGCACCGCCACCACCUCGAUCUCUCUACCGCCAACUACCGGGCCAGUCUGCCUCAAUUACGCAGAACACAUCCCCGCUGGCUCCUUUCAAGUCGAAUCCCUCCCGUCAGCACCGCAUCUCGGCGACGCCAAAGCCUUUCCUCCGGCCCUUCCCCGUCCGGCCGCAAGCCCAACACACCAACUCGGUCAACGCAGUGCAACGAAGAGCAUCCGCAAUGCCCGCUGGGUCCCCGUCGCUAUCAACCCUAGCCGCCCACCGCUCCGUGACCGCACCACCGCGCUCGCCGUCCGCCGCCGCCAUCCUCGCGCCCUCCACCCACACCCACACCCUGCACUCUCUGCAAUCCCAGACCCUGCGCCGCCCCACCUCCGUGCAAGUCCGCUCGGACCCCGCGCCCUUCCUGUCCUCCAUCCGCCCCGCCAUCACCAUCUCCUCGACGCCGUCCUUCGUCCCCGGCACCGGCCGCCGCUCGCCGCCCGCGCCGCACCCCCGCCUGCACUCCAGCCCCAGCACCGGCGCCCUGCGCGACGCCGCCCUGCUGCCCCCGCUGCAGGCCAAGCAUCUCGUGCAGCGCAAGAGCAUGCCCGCCAUGGGUCUGCCGCCGCCCGCACCGCCGCCUGAUAUGCCGCUCCCUGCGCCGCCGCCGGGUUUGCCGCUUCCUGCUCCGCCGCCCGAUAUGCCGCUGCCUGCGCCGCCGCUGGGGGUUCAGGGCGUCGCGGUGUAA